UCUCACCUCUCACCACCAACCCCCACACUCACCAGUCACCACUCAAUACCGAGUCCCAACCAUCUCUCCCCGAUCCAAAACCCCUUCUUCCUCCUCCUCUCCUCUCGUUCUACCUCGUCUCCACCACCAAACCCUAAUCCCCAUGGCCACCUUAUCCCUCCUCCUCCUGCCCCCCUCCCCCUCCUCCUCCUCCUGCUACUCCACCUCCCUCCGCCGCCUCGCCCUCUCCCUCCCUCCGCCGCUCCGCCCCCGCCGCGCCUGCGCCGCCGCGGCCCCUCGGAUCCUUGCGCAAUCCGUGCCCUCCGCUCUCACGCAGGACGACCUCAAGAAGCUCGCCGCGGAGAAGGCCGUGGAGUACGUGAGCAGCGGCAUGGUCCUCGGCCUCGGCACCGGCUCCACCGCCGCCUUCGUCGUCGCCGAGAUCGGUGCCCUCCUCGCCUCCGGUAAGCUCUCCGACAUCGUCGGCGUCCCCACCUCCAAGCGCACCUUCGAGCAGGCCCAGUCGCUCGGCAUCCCCCUCUCCACCCUCGACGACCACCCCCACAUCAAUCUCGCCAUCGAUGGCGCCGAUGAGGUGGAUCCAAAUAUUAACCUAGUUAAAGGGCGCGGAGGGGCUCUUCUUCGGGAGAAGAUGGUUGAGGCUGCUUCAGACAAAUUCAUCGUGGUUGUCGAUGAAACAAAGCUCGUAACCGGCUUAGGCGGAAGCGGACUCGCAAUGCCGGUGGAAGUCGUGCAGUUCUGUUGGAAGUAUAACCUAAGAAGAUUGCAAGAAUUGUUCAAAGAAGAAGGGUGUGAAGCAAAGCUUAGGCUGGACGGCGAUGGGAAACCUUAUAUCACGGAUAAUUCAAACUAUAUUGUAGAUUUGUACUUCAAGACUCCAAUUAAGGAUGCACUAGGCGCUGGAAAGGAGAUCUCGGCGUUUGAAGGGGUUGUAGAGCAUGGGUUGUUUUUGGAUAUGGCGAGUACAGUAAUUAUUGCAGGGAAGGAUGGGGUGAGUGUGAAGUCAAGGUUAAUUAGUGUGGAGGCUGCAUGAUUGAUGUUGCGUAAAAUAAGGUGUAUUUUCAUUCAGUUUUUCAAUUUGUCCCCCAAUAGAGGGUUGUAUUAUUGCAUUCGAAAUAAUAAACAAGGGGACUACCAUGUUUAAA